GUAAAGACCCUCCACAGGCUGGAAAACCUCAAACCUGCAGAGAAACUCAGAGACGAGGUCUGGGGUUUACAGCGUUCACACAGGCUCUGCCGUUUGUGAGGAAACACUUUAGAUUUAGAUCUUCUGGAGUUCAGCUCUCUGUGGGUGAAGUUCACCAUGACGUUAACUCUGAGGAAAGUUUUUCACGUCUCUGCCUUCGGCUGGUACGCCUUCGUGGUGAAUUGUUUGGCUCUGAAGGACGGAGAGGAGCUCCCACCUGGAAUCUUUGUCUAUGGAGGACCCUGGAAGUACCUCACCUUCUUAAACCUGGUAGGAGAGUCACCUGCAGAGAGCCAUGAUAUUAACAGGGAAGAUGGAACUAAGAGUACCAAGAGUCAGUAUUUAAGUCAAAGUAUAGUUAUUAAAUGAUAUUUUAGGAGACCCCAACAAUUAACCAAAACAGGGCUGUCACACUACACUUGUUCUGAUGACCCCGCCAUCUUUGAACAAAAAUCAAAUAUUGGUAUUUUUCUACGACCAAGAAGGACAAGCAUACUCUAAUAACACAAGUUCAUAGUAGUAGUGCUUCAGGCUGGAUCCACAUGGACUAAAACUGAGGCGAGAUAAAGAAGCAGCAGCAGUGAGCUAGCAUUAGCAUCCUUCUGGAAGAUGAUUCAGCACUUUUUAAAAACCAACGUUCAAAGAUUUUUCAUGAGUCGACAAAAAACAACAGUAAACAUUUAAACUUUCUAACUUUUUUCUUUAACCUGUUUUCUCUCAGUUCUGUGAUUUAGAUCCACCUCAAGUAGAACACAUUUCAAAAUAAAAGCAUUAACCUAAAACACAAGAUGGAGAAAUAUCAAAAUAAAAGCACGACAAACAAUCGAUUCAUGUUAUGUCCGAACAAUUUCGUCUGGAAGACGACAAAUGUUCAUCGUAUCGUAUCGUAUAGUACGGUACCAUUGUGUACCAUAAUGAAUCGUAUCGUAAAGUAACGUUUGGUUAGGUAACAUAAUGUGACAUAUCUAACGGCAGAUGAAUAUGAAGUAUUCAAACAUGUAGCUUCACUCUGGCCUUCUCUUAUUCUCAUGACUGUGUUGUUUUAAGUUUUCGAUCAUAUCUUCAUCGUGAUAUUUUAAGGCCAUGAUAGUCCUGAGGUGAAAAUUCAAAAGCAUAUUUCCUCAACUUUCUGUUUUCUACGGUACAGCUGACAGAUUUAACCCAUCAGAGUUGUCAGAGUUAAUAAACAUUUCCGCAGGGUCUUUACUCAGAAUUGCACUUUGCAGACGCUCCCUGCCGGCUGUGCAGAGUGGAUAAAAACAAAGAUACGUAAUCAUGAGUUUAUUUAAGAUUCUGUUUAUCAUGGUAAUUAUGAAUAGGUGUAAUAAUGUAGAGCAGUGUAUUUUCAAUAUUGAAGUCAAUCAUUGUUCAGUAGCUCUCUGUAUAUGAACUCUUUGCCGUCAUGUUCCAGCUGUUGCAGAUGUGUUUCUUCGGCCUGGCGGCUCUCAGUGAUCUGCAGGAGAAGUCGGAGAGUUUCCUGAGCAGAUGUAAAGACCUGCUUUUCUCCGUCUUCGUGUUUCCUGUCGGCAUGGUAACACUUCAUAGGUGUCGAUAUUAAUCAUGAAACCAAAAGUCUGUUUGAUAUUAACUCUGCGCUCUCUUCGUUCAGUUUGUCGUCCUUCUUUUCUGGGUGAUCUUCACCUACGAUAGAGAGUUAGUUUACCCCGCUACCAUCGACGCUUUCUUCCCGCCGUGGAUGAACCACGCCAUGGUCUGUACAAAGAGUCUGUAAAAUACUAAAUACCGUAUUUUUCAACCUUUAAUGGAGUUUAUUCUGUCCCCUCAGCACACGUUUGUUCUUCCUGUUUUACUCGGAGAAGUUCUGCUGCAGCCUCACGUUUACCCAAAGAGAAAACACGCCAUCACGGCGUUAAGUGUGGUGGGCGUGGCUUAUUUAUCCUGGUGAGUGUUUCAUUUGAAUCCAGUCAAAUCAGGAACAUCAUGAACAAACUUUAAAGCUCCUGUGAGGAACUUUUAGUCGAUAGUAACUUUGGAGCCCCCUGGUGGACAAAGCAGGUUUUUUUUUUUUAGCCUGUGUAUCUAAAUGGAAAAAAAAUAAUCCUAUCCUGCCGAAUUUUGACCGUCAAAUAAAUCAUUUAAUGUGAAUUUUUUUCUGUGGAAACUAUAAAAACGGAGCAGCUUCUUCAGCUCCUCGCACCAUCGACAGAAAUCAAAGACUGAUACCUGAAAAUCUGAAAUCCUGUCGUCAAUAGUCUUAUUAACACACUGUCAUUUUAGUCUAUUUUAUAAACGUCACAAUUGGAGAUUUUAUGGGGUUUAUAAUGAAAAUCAUAUCUGGGUGAAAUACUAAAAAAUUAAAUAUAAAAACUUGAUUUCUGUCUCGGUCAGCCUCUGGGUCCUCUGGUCGACUCCUGGAAACACUAAAAUUAGCAUUUCUUUGUCUCAGACUGACACAGAGUCUCUCUGAACUGGUUUUUCAGGAUCAUCUGGGUCUAUUUGUCCGUGGGGAUCUGGGUGUACCCCCUCCUCGGAUAUUUCAGCUCAGCUGGUCUGGUCUUCUUCUUCUUCUUCAACAUGAUGGUGGUGACGUCUCUCUACGUGCUCGGAGACAAACUGAACAGCUUCCUGUGGAGUAAGCGACACUUAAGUUUAUCUAGAAGGACUUAAAUUAAUCCAGAAAGAGUCUUUUUAGUCCAGAAAGAGUCUCUUUUGUCCAGUGUGACUCUGUUUGAUCAUGGGAGAGUCAGUUAUUCAACAGAGAUCCAGGUCAAACCACUGCGACUCAUCAGUAGAGGCUCAGUUUAAUCCAGGGUCAAGUAUAAUCCAGAAACUCAGUCUAUUAAAAAAAAGGUUGAUUUAAAGGGGAACUAAAUUAAAUCCAGAAAGACUCAGAUGAAUCCAGAGAGAGUAAAUUGAAUCCCUGAAGACUCAGUUUACUCGAGAGCUUCUCGGUUUAAUCCAGAAGGAUUUAAGAUGAUAACUUCAUAAAUGUGAAUCUUCCUGAAUGUUUGUUCCUCUUGUGUUUUCAUGCUUCAGGUGAGGUCGACAGGAACAAGCGCACACCUGUGAAGUCCAGAAAGUCCGGACUCUAGAGGCGGGGAGCCGAGCCUUCGACGCUGCGUUCACUUGCGUCUGUAAAUCAGAGUUUUGGUUUUUAAUUUUUUGACCAGCUACAAAUAUCUGUGCGGCUGCUGGGCGUGAACCCACACAGUUUGGUCCCCUAUAGAUCCGGCCCUGUCUGUUUUUUAUUCUUUUAAAGAUCAACAUGAAACUUCAGGAGAGAGGAGGUAAAAAUACUCUGAGUGAACAAACUCAGUGACUUUGGAAGACGGCUUCACUCCAGCCUCCUCUUCAGAUUAAGAGUUUCUUUUGAAAAAGGUUCGAUUUUAUAACUUUAGAAGUUUUUUUUAUCUCUUUAUUAUUUUUUAUUAUUUUUAAAUCUGGAUAUUUAACAUUUGAAUCAACACUAAACUUUUGUCAAACACACCAUAAACUGCAGUUUACUCAGAGAGUGAACAUGUGAAAGAAUAUCAGUCCAGAUUAAAAAAACACUAAAAUAAAAAUCUGUGCAUAAAAAAUAAAGCUUUAUCUUUUAUAUUCUUCCAGAUGUGUAAAUGUUUAAACAGCAGUAAAAUGUCACCCCUGUUUUCAGACACGCUGAGGUUAGUACCGACAUGACCUUUGACCUCAAUAAAGAGC